AAGUCUCUGCUUCGGCGUAGAGAGAGAGAUAGAUAGAGAGAAUGAGCGCAGAAGAAUCGGCCAUGGCGGCGUCGGCGACCACCGCGGAGCCCGACCCGAUCUACGAAUACCCGCCGUCGCCCUCAGCCUGGUGCUUCUGCUUCCCCCGCUUCCGCGCCCGCGCGUCGCGCCUCGCCGCCGGGUCGUCCUUCUGGGAGCGGGUGGGGUCCUCCGGGGGUGGCGGGCGGCGCCGCCACGACGGCGGUGGCGAGGGAUGGUGGGCCCGCGGGCUGGGGCACCUGAAGAGGCUCCGGGAGUGGUCCGAGAUCGCCGCCGGGCCCAGGUGGAAGACGUUCAUCCGGCGGUUCAACCGGAAGGCGCACCGGCACGGGCGGCUCAACUACGACCCUCUGGAUUACGCCCUCAACUUCGACGAGGGGCAGAACGGGGAUGUCGACGAGGAAGGCGAGGAGGGCGGCGGGUUCCAGAAAUUCUCGGCCCGGUUCGCCUCCUUGCCCGGCCCGAUCAAGCCGAGGCCGGGAGCGGCUCCGGCGGCGGAUUCAGGGAGGGUGCCGGAGGUGGCGGUUUCCGUGUAGGCGGCGCCACGUCAUUUUGCCUUUAGAAAUUCUUUAGAAAAGAUAAAUUUUUUUUAUAUAUUAAAUAGAUUUGGAGAUUGCGUGAAUGUGUAUAGAGUUGGGUUUGAAUCAUUGGUGUUUGUCGGGACUUAUAGUUGUUUCUUGUUUGUGACGAUACAAAGGAGGUUGUUGGAUUAAUUCUAGAGGAUUGAUCAAUUUCAAUGAAUAAUGAAAGCAAAGCCGAUGUCCCUUUUGCUC